AUGCCCCUUAAAAGAACCCCACCGAAAGGGUCUCCUCACCACCACCAUAGUGAUUCAGAUAUAGCAGCCUUGGCCUUCGCUGAUGCAGACCCGCAAAGGGAAGAUAAAGUAUCUGAUAGACCGCGUCCGCGAAAACGCACCCAUGACGAAGAUAUAUCGGCCUCUCUACUUGAACUCAAGAAAUCAAUGGAAAUACUCAGCUGUCAACAGUCCUCUCUCCAAACCAGUAUAAAAGAAAUACAAACUCAAAACCAGGAGAUUAUUAAGUCUAUGGAAUUUAUUUCGGCCCAAUACGAUGAAAUGAAGAACAAAAUUACUAAGUUGGAAUCUGAGAGAAAAGAUCAUCUGGCUUACAUACAAACGCUACAAAUGAAGGUAGAAAAUCUAGAAAGAUCUCAAAAGCAGGCUAGCAUUGAGAUUUGCAACUUACCGCCCCAAGUUAAUGAAAAGAAGGAUGAUCUUGUCGGUAUCGUGGAAAAAAUUGGUGAGACCUUAAAUGUAAAUCUAGAAAAGACUCAAAUAUAUGACAUUUUUAGAAUCCCUACCAAAAGCCCUAGCCGCCCCAUAAUUGUGGAAUUUUCUUCAGUGUUGCUAAAAGAAAAAAUGAUUUCUUCACUUAAAACAUUCAAUAAAAGCAAUAAUAUUAAACUAAACACUAGUCAUCUCAAACUCGGUGGCGAUAUUAAGCCAAUAUUUAUAAGAGAAAGGCUGACGGAAACAGCAAGAAGAAUGUAUUAUCUGAGCCGUGAGUUUAGUAAAGAAAAUGAUUUCAUGUUCUGUUGGACGGCUCACGGUAAAGUUUAUCUCCGCAAGCGUGAAGGAGCUCCAGCAAUACGUAUCGACACCAAAGAGGAUCUUUUAAAACUGCUACCGCAAGUUGACAAGUGA